CCUGUCAUUUGUAUGGUGUUUUGGCAGUUUCCUACUCGUUAAAACUUUUAGAAAAAAAGAGGAAAGUGUUCAAAAUAAACGUUUAUACAAAGUUUAAAUGACGUAAUGGAUCGAGAUAGAAGUAAAGAUGCCUCCGAAGGUAUUGCACCAAUGGGAAUACAGGCAUUAAACGAUACAGUACUGAGUAAUCAGCCGGAGUCUCGUUAUGAAUGUCCCGUGUGCCUCAACUGGCUGCGAGACCCCGUCAUCACAACUUGCGGACAUAAGUUCUGUAAGAGCUGUAUCACCUCAUGGUUGCAGAACAGUGGCCACUGCCCCAUAGAUAACAUAAACCUGAGUAUGAAGGUGGAUAUAUUCCCGGACAACUACACUAAAAGGGAGAUACAAGAACAGAGAAUGAACUGCCCAUUUUCUACUAAAGGUUGCACAGUAAAAGUAACUCCACUAGACUUGGAUGCUCACAUAGCAUCAUGCGAGUACAAUCGACCAGAGACUUCAACACAGCCGGAGAUCAGAGUGCCAUGUUCUUUCCAAGCUGUCGGCUGCAAGGAGACAUUUGAUAGCCAGGAGGAUAUGAACCACCAUGCGGAGACUGAUGUGCAGAAACAUAUGAGUCUUCUAAUGAAUGCGUAUUCAGAAAUGAAGAUCAAUAACGACAUGUCGAACGCGAGUAUUGACGCUAAGGAACAGGAGGCCAUGACGCUUUGGGAAGCUCCGGACAAAGACGGUAACCAGGCUGCGGCUCCACCGCUAAAUAAUACUAGCGCACUUAUAAGGGCGCUAUAUGAGAGAGUAGUAGUACUGGAACAAAGGAAUCGUGAGCAAGAUAUAGUGAUAGCGAACAUGUCCAAGCAAUUAUCAGCCUUCGCUGUAGCCAAGAUGAAGCAAAAUAACGACAUGUUCCUUCGAUACUGUAUGGGGAACUAUGUGUGGAGGAUUGACAACUUUAAGGCACGGCUUGAUGCUAUGUUGAGGGAUCAUUAUAAAAUGCUGUACAGUCCUGGGUUCUAUACGUCACCUAAUGGUUACAGAUUCUGCGUACGCCUAAACAUAUCACCGCAAAACCCUCAUUGCUUCGCACUCCACGUCCAUCUAAUGAAGACAGAAAACGACGACUGUCUGGACUGGCCGUUCAAUGGACGCAUUUCCUUCGCAAUGAUCAACCAGUACAACCCUGAACUGACUCAGAAGGACACCAUGAUGUCCAACUCCUCACUGAUAGCUUUUAGAAAGCCGACAGCAGAGAUCUGUGUUCGAGGGUUCGGGUACACAGAAUAUGCUGUGGUCAGUGACGUCAUAAGGAACGGAUUUGUCAAAGAUGAUGUGCUCAUAUUCAGAGUGGGUAUCCGCUGUGUAUGACAUGAGGAGUAAGUUUUUUGUUUAGUAUUUCUCUUUUGUUUUUGUAGGUGUUGUGCAAAAUGAUCCUCUUUGAUGAAAAUUGUCAUGCAGUAUUUGUACUUUAUGCCGUAAUCGAUUGUGAAAGUAUAUGUGUCUGAUCAAGGAACUUGUAAGUCUAAAAACGCUUUUAUCUUAAUUGUAAUAAAGUUGAAUAUCUACAAUUUUUUUCUACUAUAAAAAUAUUUCCGUUGUCAUAAAAAGAUCAUUUUGCACAGUCCUAGAACAGGUAUAUAGAGGUAGUUAUGGGUCAUGUAGUUAAUUUUACAUAAAAGUAUUAUUUACGAAUUUGUAGCAGCUCAAAAGUAGAUUCUAUGUCAAUAUUAUAUACCUAUAUUGUAUAGUCUGUAUACAUAUCUACAUUCCGUCCAAGACUUACAUAGUGUUUUUGUCCAACUUUUUAAUGAACAAAAUGCUAUAUUUAUUAUAUUUAACCUCUCUCGGGUAUUUUAAUGUACGAGAGGUGCCCAUUUUGUAGACAUAGAUCUGUUAUUUAUUAAGAAUCUCCAUUGUAUAAACUGUAUUAAAGAUAAUAUGUAUACAUACAUAUAAUGUACUUAAUAGUCAGAAUAUAUGAAGAAUUAUAAAUGAAAAUAAUUCCGUCCAUGCCCCAGAGAAUUAUUAAAAUUAAAUUAUACAAGAAGUUAAAUAUAUAAUAUUAUUAUUAUAGCAUAUUAUAAACGUAGAAUAAGAGUAAUUUUAAUAUGAAUAAGUAUGUGUGUUAGUGACAAUUUGAUGUCGGAAAGUCAACCUUAACCCAUGGUAUGCCGGGAGCGUGGGUGGGUAUGUGCGAGACACGAGACAUAAUGUGUUUCCUAAUGUGUCUUAUAGGCAGAUAAGAAGUUAAUACCAUGAAGAUUCUCUGAAAAAAUAUCUAUGGACUAGUUUAACCUGUGGUAUGUCGGAGCGUAGGUAUAUCUAUGUGCGACACAACACAAUGCGUUUUCUAUUGUGUCUCGAAUACCGACAUACAAGAGGUUAAGUAAACUUAGAUCUGUAAAUCAGUAUUUUUACGUAAUAAUAAUAAUGUACUUACAUUCCACUUUGUGAUCGUCUGGAAAUUAUACACGUUUUUAGAAUUUUCUAGAUUAUAUUUAUUUGACUUCUGACUCUUGGUGCUUAAACGUACCUAAAUAUAUUUUGUUUUAUCUGUUAUUCAAUAAAAAUA